AGGGAGGCGAUGGACUGAGCGGAGCCGCGCCAUGGAGUCUCGGGGCUUGCUGAGGACCCUCUGUUGGCUCUGCGCUCUUGGAGCAGUGUGGGGGCUUGGUGUGGAUCCCUCGCUGCAGAUUGAUGUCCUGACGGAGUUGGAACUGGGGGAGUCCACGGCCGGAGUGCGCCAGGUCCCGGGGCUGCACAAUGGGACCAAAGCCUUCCUCUUUCAAGAUACUCCCAGAAGCAUAAAGGCAUCCACUGCUACAGCUGAGCGGUGUUUUCAGAAGCUGAGAAAUAAACAUGAAUUCACUAUUCUGGUGACCCUGAAACAGAGCCACUUAAAUUCCGGAGUCAUUCUCUCCGUUCACCACUUGGAUCACAGGUACCUGGAACUGGAAAGCAGUGGCCAUCGGAAUGAGGUCCGGCUUCACUACCGCUCGGGCAGUCAGCGCCCUCACACAGAAGUGUUUCCUUACAUGCUGGCUGACGACAAGUGGCACAAGCUCUCCUUGGCCAUCAGUGCCUCCCAUUUGGUUUUGCACGUGGACUGCAAUAAAAUUUAUGAGAGAGUGGUGGAAAAGCCCUCCACAGACCUGCCUGUGGGCACGACAUUUUGGCUGGGACAACGAAAUAACGCACAUGGAUAUUUCAAGGGUAUAAUGCAGGAUGUGCAAUUAGUUGUCAUGCCCCAAGGAUUUAUUGCUCAGUGUCCAGAUCUAAAUCGCACAUGUCCAACUUGCAAUGACUUCCAUGGACUUGUGCAGAAAAUUAUGGAGCUGCAGGAUAUUUUAGCCAAAACAUCAGCCAAGCUGUCCCGAGCCGAGCAGCGGAUGAACAGACUAGACCAGUGCUACUGUGAGAGGACCUGCACCGCAAAGGGAGCCACCUACCGAGACCUGGAGUCCUGGACAGACGGCUGUAACAACUGCACGUGCCUGAAUGGAACUGUCCAGUGUGAAACCCUGGCCUGCCCGGUGCCUGAGUGCCCGCUGAAGUCAGCUCCGGCGUACGUGGACGGCAGGUGCUGUAAGGAGUGCAAAUCCAUUUGCCAAUUUCAAGGAGGAACCUACUUUGAAGGAGAGAGAAGUACGGGCUACUCCUCCUCUGGAGUGUGCGUCCUGUAUGAGUGCAAGGAUCAGACCAUGAAGCUUGUCGAGAGUCCAGUCUGCCCAGCUUUGGACUGUCCUGAGUCUCAGCAGAUCACCUUGUCUCAUAGCUGCUGCAAAGUCUGUAAAGGUUAUGACUUCUGCUCUGAAGGGCACAGCUGCAUGGAGAACUCCGUGUGCCGCAGUCUGAACGACAGGGCCGUUUGCAGCUGUCGAGACGGCUUCAGGGCUCUGCGAGAGGACAGUGCCUAUUGUGAAGACAUGGACGAGUGUGCUGAGGGGCGCCACUACUGCCGCGAGAACACAGUGUGUGUCAACACCCCCGGCUCCUUCAUGUGCGUCUGCAGGGCGGGCUACAUCCGCAUUGACGAUUACUCAUGUACAGAGCACGACGAGUGCGCCACAGGUCAGCACGACUGCGAUGACAACGCCUUGUGCUUCAACACCGUGGGAGGACACAACUGUGUCUGCAAGCCUGGCUAUGUGGGCAACGGAACCACGUGCAAAGCAUUUUGCAAAGACGGCUGUCGAAACGGAGGAGCCUGCAUCGCAGCUAACGUGUGUGCCUGCCCCCAGGGCUUCACCGGACCCCGCUGUGAAACAGACAUUGACGAAUGCUCUGAAGGCUUUGUGCAGUGUGACAGCCGCGCCAGCUGCAUUAACCUGCCUGGAUGGUACCACUGCGAGUGCCGGGACGGCUACCAUGACAACGGGCUGUUCUCUCCGAGUGGGGAGUCGUGCGAAGAUGUCGACGAGUGUGGGACCGGGAGGCACAGCUGUGCCAACGACACCAUCUGCUUCAACCUGGAUGGUGGCUAUGACUGCCGGUGCCCUCACGGCAAGAACUGCACCGGGGACUGCAUCCACGAUGGGAAGGUGAAGCACAGCGGUCAGAUCUGGGUGCUGGAGAGCGACCGCUGCUCCGUGUGCUCAUGUCAGAGCGGAUUCGUCAUGUGUCGACGGAUGGUCUGCGACUGUGAGAAUCCCACAGUUGAUCUUUUCUGCUGCCCUGAAUGUGACCCCAGGCUCAGCAGUCAGUGCCUCCACCAAAAUGGGGAGACGGUGUACAACAGCGGUGACACCUGGGUCCAGCGCUGCCAACAGUGCCGCUGCUUGCAAGGGGAGGUCGACUGCUGGCCCCUGCCCUGCCCAGAUGUGGAGUGCGAGUUCAGUGUCCUCCCGGAGAGCGAGUGCUGCCCGCGCUGCGUCGCUGAUCCCUGCCAGGCGGACACCAUCCGCAAUGACAUCACCAAGACCUGCCUGGAUGAGAUGAGUGUGGUCCGCUUCACCGGGUCCUCGUGGAUUAAGCAUGGCACAGAGUGUACGCUCUGCCAGUGCAAGAACGGACACAUCUGUUGCUCUGUGGAUCCACAGUGCCUUCAGGAACUGUGAAGUCAAGCGUCUCAGAGGAGAUUUCCUUUUACAGAAUGUUCUUUCAUUUAAAAGACCAAAAAACCGUUAAAACUUCAAUUGGAUGAUUUGUGGGCAGUGACAUGCAGCUUUGUUAACGACUAAGUGAACUUUCAAUUAUGAAAUGUGUGGAGCUUGAGAAAAUCACAAAAGCAAAGUUCUUAGGGCAACACUACAUCACAUUCUGUCUCCAGUGUACCUGGCGUCGCCAUGCAGGAUGGGUGUGGAGCGUGGCCGCAGUGCCGUGGUCCCUGGGCGGGAGCCUGAGCCCCGCCAGUCUGGUGCAGAAGACCUUUCUCUAGAGCAGAGUCCUCACGGCAGAGACAGAGGUGAGGCAGUGGACGGAUGCUGCUUUCAGAAGCGAGACUAAGCAGCUGCAGCGUGUUAUGUACAGUACACACUCUGAGAAGAAACCCGAAACGAGUUAGUCACAACGACAAUGCACAGGCAUGGUUACCUAACUUUUCUAACAGCAGAGUCAUCCCUGUCGCCCUUGUUUGACUGCACUUAAUAUUCUUUGGUUGAAUUUGUUCAGUAUAAGCUCGUUCUUGUGCAAAAUUAAAUAUUUCUCUUACCUUAUAA